AUGGAUCUAGAGAAUACUCUCGCUCUUUCAACAGCAUCUCGUAUAUCGACAAAGUUGCCCUACGAUAAUCCCUGUUGGGGAUAUCUUCACGACUCUCGAUUCUCAAAUGAAGACGACGCGCAGAGACUGGCCAUUCAACAUCGAGUCUAUGACCUGGUUGGAAGCUCUACGCAUGUAAAUGAGCACCCAGAGCUCAUCGAGCAAUACAACACACUCGUUAAAGCCUCAGAGACCUCUAGGAAACUGUCUCCUCUGCCCGAUUUUAUCGACAUUCUGCCGAGCGAGAUCAGCCUCAUGAUUAUUACCGAGGCGCUCGAAGACCUCUUUGCCGAACACCUCUUUUUGGAGCGUCUUCUCACGCUUACGCUCGUCAGCCGACGAUGGGCAGAGGCUCUUUGCAACGCGCCGAGUCUUUGGGGACAUAUUCUCCUCGGGGAGAGACCUGGAUGGGGGGAUGCAAUGGCCGGUUUGGUUGCCGCACUUACACUCUCACGUGAUUCACCCAUCUCUCUGUUUAUCGCGGACCGGGUGACAGAGUGGAGCGACAUUCUCCCAGUUUUGCAACCUCAUGCGAAGCGAAUUGCGACCGUUCACAUCAUUUCUGGAUUCAACUCGAGGCUAUUCACCAAAUUUGACGGGGCCCUUCAUUUGAUUCGGUCCCUUUUGCCGCUGGACAAUCUCAAAGUACUCGACGUGGGAUUUAUAAAGCUCACUCGAGAAGAGAAGGAUAUUGUGAAUCAUUGUCUUCCCGAUACCGUUGCAAUCAAUAUCGCUAGGGGUGGAUGGUGCGACCUUACACGCGUUGCCGACUACUCCAAACGCAAGACCAUCGAGAUACGAUACUCUGGUCAAACAGUAGAGGAGAUUGCAGAAAUACUAUACGGGUUUACUGCAAUGACCUCCUUACGCCUCUCAUCUAUGGGGUCGAGUGCGAAUGGAUACUGGAGCCAAUCGAAGAUCCUCUUACCACAGUUGAGAGAGCUUUUCAUGAACUCCAAAGUUCCGGACGAGAUAGUACUCUGCUUGAUGCAGGCGGCCACAAACAUUGUCCUACUGGAUGUCUCCCUCACCCCAGCGCUCUUGAUCGAAUUGGGGAUGAUUCUCGACCAAUUUCCGAAUCUGGACGAUGUUACAGUACGUGCGAAACUCGACUUAUCCCUGCGUGUACCAUUGUUCGACAUCGCCAUGCUUCAUAUAUCCAACGCGAGGAAUAUGAGCUUUCAGCAUAACUGGCCCGGCAAGUGGUCCCACUCUAGUUAUAUCGAGGACAAUGUGGAUGUGAACAGUCAACCUACACCAGCAGUGUCGGACACUGACAGUGUCCCAAGCCCGGUCGAAUGGGAAGAAGAACACGAUCAGGCUCAACAAGCAGACACAUUAGAAGGCGAAGAGACACAUAACGACCUUCUCGAUCUGGGUGCACUUAUCCAGGAGGCUGUAGUGGAGAGCGACUUGUCAAGCUCCUACAGCUUCGAUGUCGAGGAUGAAUCGGAGACAGAAGACUCUCCAUAUGUAUUUUCUCAACGCAUAGAUCGCCUUCGUUUCUUCUUCAGCGUGCUCGAAGUGUGCUUUCCACGGCUGCGGAGUCUGUAUGUCGGCCUCCCUCCGUCGAACGAGGUGCCGACCCAGUUCAUUCAGUCACUCCAAGAUCUCAAGUCAAUAUCACUCAGUGAAUCUUCACGCAUCGUCUCGCCCGCGCCGAUACAAAUGAUCACGCACGAGAGCCUGGAGGCGGUACGGAUCUGGCAUGACUAUCGCCCGACCGAGCCGACCCCAAUUGGGGUGCUCUUCCGUGGACCAAAACUGUCUAAAGAUGGUACCAACUUUCCAAGGCCGAGAUCCUACAACUUUCUCCCCGAACCCCUACGGCACAACACGUGCAAGAACAACGUGACUGGCAUCGACGAAGAUGCAUUUGGCCAGUUGACAAGCGUCGGAAUGCCAUGGUUUCACUGGCGACUCGACCUAUUAACUUCGGUGCGGAGCAUUAGUUUCAGCUCGAUAGGAAUGGAGGGCAAUCCAACCGAUUUGUUUAUUCAUUUCAUCUACAAGCCAGAACUAUGUCCUUCUUUGGAGGAAAUUAGUAUGGCACAGUGUCCCGAGUGGGAUUUCUUGUUCAUCAUGCUCGAACGACGAAACCUCUUACCAAACUCAAAAGUCUCGCGCAUCAAGAGGCUAUCGCUCCCGGCAGUCCCAGCGUAUGUAAUCCUCAAUCCUCUUACUCACCUUCUUCGUGGCCAAGUGGCACCUCGCCCGUCCAACCAAACGCUGUCAAUAGCAGGGAGAAUGAAGCAGAUAUGGAACACCAAGAGACCUGGCUGUUCGUCCUGUUGCUGGCUGAUGCACAAGUGUGACGCGCCGACAAAGGAGAUCAGUAACGAAGCGAUAAGACUCGACCAACAACGGCAAGCGGAAUGGUCUGCAAAAUAUGCACUGUCCCGCUUUGACUUUGGGAAACGACUGGCACCGCCAGCAGCAGAGCCUCCACUGGACCCAAUGACGGAGCGCUUUGUAAAUGGGCGAGAAAAACGAGAACGACAGUGGGCUGGCUACAUCCCGAAGCGGGGACUCCCCCGGUACGAACGACGGCCGUAUGCAUGCGCUGUACGGAACGGGGAUUUGCCGGUGCUGAUCACAGGAGACACACUUACUGGGAUCCCCGUUGGAUAA